AUGGCCGCAUCCACCCUGUCUGUCUGCUCCAAUGACAUGAACUCCUCCUGGCAGGUGGACGACUGUCCAGAGAGCUGCUGUGAGCCCUCCUGCUGCGCCACCACCUGCUGUGUCCCCAGCUGCUGCCAGCCCACCUGCUGCACCCCCAGCUGCUGUACCGUGACACCCUGCCUGACCCUUGUCUGUGCCCCAGUGAGCUGCAUGUCCAGCCCCUGCUGCCAGGUGACCUGUGGGACCAGCCCCUGCCAAUCAGCCUGCACCAGCUCCUGCACCAGCUCCUGCACGCCCUCAUGCUGCCAGCAGUCUAGCUGCCAGUCCUCCUGCUGCACCUCGUCCCCCUGCCAGCAGGGCUGCUGUGUGCCCGUCUGCUGCACACCCGCCUGCUGUGUGCCCGUCUGCUGCACACCCGUCUGCUGCAAGCCCGUGUGCUGCAUGCCCAUUUGCUCUGGGGCCACCCCCUGCCCAGCCCCCUCGUGCUGCCAGCCCACCCCCUGCACCUCAUCCUGCUGCAGACCCUCCUCCUGCGUGUCCCUCAUCUGCCGCCCCGUGUGCAGGCCUGCCUGCUGCGUGCCCGCCUCCUCCUGCUGUGGCCCCGCCUCCUCCUGCCAGCCCAGCUGCUGCCGCCCGUCCUCCUGCAUGUCCCUGCUCUGCCGCCCCGUGUGCUCCCGCCCAGCCUGCUGUGUCCCCACCUCGGCCCAGAAGUCCUGCUGCUGA